AUGCUAAUUGAUUUCAGCAAGAAGAAGAAGCUCGUUGCAUACAAAGAAAAAGCAAAGCCAAAGAAGACCGAACAAAACAAAAACAAAAGCAAACCCGUCCAUCUAUCAGAAAUGGACACAUUGCUGAUUAAGUCUGCGGGCCUGCUUGAUGAAAAUGCGUCUUUAUUCAGCGAUAUACCACUGGAAAAUGCAGAAAUAGCCGUGGUGCUUGACCCCUGCAGUAAGUCGCAUAAAAACGCAGUUUCGCUAUAUGACCAAUACACCAGCUAA